AUGACUGACAGUGAAAGAAGAGGAUCAAUACCACAACCAAAAACCGUUGCCAUUGUGGGUGGUGGGUUAGUUGGAUGUCUUGCAGCUCUUGCAUUUCAAACCAAAGGGUAUAAUGUUACGUUAUAUGAUUUAAGACCCGAUCCAACUCUUAUCACUGAUAGAUCAAGAAAGAAUCUUCGGUCGAUUAAUUUGGCUGUUAGUAAUCGAGGUAUUCGAGCUUUACAAUAUGUUGAUGAAGAUAUGGCACAGAGAAUCUUACAACAUAUCAUUCCUAUGAAAGGGAGAAUGAUUCAUGAUAAGACGGGUACGAAACAAGAAUCUCAAUUAUAUGGAUUAUUCGGUGAAAGUAUUAAUUCAAUUGAUAGAUCAUUCUUGAAUGAAUGUCUUAUUAAGGAAUUGAAAGAAGCUAAGGUUAAUAUUCAUUUCAAUCAUAAAUUAACUAAAGUUUCAGGAUUAGGUAGACAAGAUGAAUUGAUUACAUUAUCAUUUGUAAAUGAUAAUCAUGAAUUCAUUACUGCUAAGUUUGAUUAUUUAAUUGGAGCAGAUGGUGCUCAUUCUCAAGUUAGAUAUCAAAUGCAACCAUCUAUGAGAAUGAAUUUCUCUCAAAAAUAUAUUGAUAUGCAAUAUUUAGAACUUUAUAUCCCUCCUAAUGAAGACCCUGAAGCUCAAUCUAAAUUCUCCAUUGAUGCAAAUCAUCUUCAUAUUUGGCCUAGACAUAAUUUCAUGUUGAUUGCUUUAGCUAAUAAGGAUGGAUCAUUUACGUCAACUUUUUUCAGUCCUUGGUCAGUUAUUGAAUCAAUUAAAUCAUCCGAUGAAUUUGUUACAUUCUUUGCCUCGAAUUUCCCUGAUGCAUUUAAAUUAAUUGGGGAAGAACAAUUGAAGUCCGUUUUUGAAAAUAAUCCUCGUGGUUCAUUAAUGCAAGUUGAUGUUUAUCCAUAUAGUGAUCCAUUAGGUAAAUCACUUUUAAUUGGUGAUGCAGCUCAUUCUAUGGUUCCAUUCUAUGGUCAAGGAAUGAAUUGUGGAUUUGAAGAUGUUAGAGUGUUAAUGGAAUUAUUAGAAAAGAAUGAAAAUAAUGUCACCACUACAUUCCAACAAUAUUCUGAUGUUAGAAAGAAAGAUUUAGAUGCUAUUUGUAAAUUAGCCUUAGAUAAUUACUAUGAAAUGUCUUCCAAAGUAACUAAUGUUUGGUACUUAUUAAGAAAGAAGUUGGAUUAUACGUUAGGAAGAUAUCUCAAUGGUCGUUUAAUUCAAUGGCUUCCAUUGUAUACUAUGAUAUCAUUUAGAGAUGAUAUUCCUUAUGCAAAAGCCAUUGCUAUAGAAAAGAGACAAGCUCGUAUUUUAAAUAGAAUUGAAUAUGGUACGAUUGGUGCUAUUGGUAUUUUUGCUGCUGUUAAAGCUGCUACUUACUGGCACAACUACUAUGCUAGAAACCAUUAA